AUGGGUAAAAAUAUACAAUUAAUAAGUAAAUCUCCAGAAGAAUGGAAUUAUAUGGAUGUUUCUGAUUGGUUAUUUGAUCAGGGAUUUCCUCAAUAUGCACAUUUAUUUUCACAACAACAUAAAAUUGAUGGCUGUACAUUAUUAGAAUUAAGUGAAAAAGAUUUAAAAGAACCACCAAUGUCAAUAUCAUGUUUAGGAGAUAUUAAAAAAUUAAUUAAAGCAAUUAAUUUAUUAAAAAAUUUGUCGUCUUAUGGAUAUGAUAAUAAAGAUUCACAAUAUUCUAAUCCAGAAGAUCCACCAGCUAAUUUAGCUAUAUCAAAUGAAGUAAAAAGUUCUUUUAGUGAAAAUGAUGGUUAUAUAAUGGAAAGUGUUACAUCAUACAAAACAAUAUCUAAAAGAAAUAUGGAAACAGAUGAUUUAUUUGAGGAAAUUCAUCUUUUAUCAAGAGAAGAUAUAAUAAGGCAUGUUGAAUCUCCAGAUACACACUCUAAAGCUAUAUGGAAAUUAGCUAUUGCAUUUUUAUAUUGUUCAUUAUCAUUAUGGAUAACAUCAUUUGUAAUGGUCAUUGUACAUUCAAGAGUUCCAGAUAUGAAGACAUAUCCACCAUUACCUGAUCUCAUUCUCGAUAAUUUGCCAUUAAUUCCUUGGGCUUUUGAAGUUUGUGAAUUAAUUGGUGUUAUUUUAAUGUCUAUUUGGUUUAUUGUUUUAUUUUUCCAUAAACAUCGUAUAGUUAUUAUGAGAAGAAUGUUUUCACUUGUUGGAACAGUAUUUUUAUUAAGAUGUGUAACAAUGCUUAUUACAUCACUUUCUGUUCCUGGACAUCAUCUUGAAUGUACAGCAAAAGAAUAUGAUAGUUUAUCAGAUAAAUUACAACAUGCUUUUCAUAUAUGGUCUAAACUUGGAAUGUCAAUACAAGGUGUUAGAACAUGUGGUGAUUAUAUGUUUUCUGGUCAUACGACAGCAAUAACUUUAUUAAAUUUACUUAUUACCGAGUAUACACCUGAUUCAUGGUAUUUACUUCAUACGUCUACAUGGGUAAUGAAUUUUUUCGCAAUUUUCUUUAUUCUAGCUGGUCAUGAACAUUAUUCAAUCGAUGUUUUUAUUGCUUUUUAUAUAAGUUCAAGAAUGUUUUUAUAUUAUCAUGCUUAUGCUUAUAAUUCAAUGAAUUUAAAUACAACAGAUUCUCGGGUAAGAAUUUGGUUUCCUUUAGGAUGGUUUUUUGAAGCAGGUGGUCAAGGAAGACUUUUAAAUGAGUAUGAGUGGCCUAUUCAAUUUGGAAAAAUUAUAUCUUUUAUUAAAAAAAGUAAAAGAUCAUUAUCACCAGUUAUUAAAGAUAAUGAUAAGAAAUUUAUUUUUAAUGAUUAUGAUUUAAAUAUAAAUAAUAAAGUUAGAAACAGAAAAGUUAAAGUAAAAAAAUAA